GCAUCCUUUUCCUGACAUUUGAGCUAGGAAGAAUGAAAACUUGACUAUUCAGUACAUUUCCACACUAAUUCUCUUUAUUCCUCGAGAACAAAGAUUCUGUAUGUGUGGAAACAGUCUACAGAAAUAGAUUCAUCCUGAGGCCCAGUAGGUGAACUACGUUAACCAUCAAGAGCUGCAUAAUCAAGAUUUUUUGAUUGGGAGAAUUCUGCAGCGCGAUUCAUUUCUGUAGCAUGGACGUUGAUGGAGGAGAUGCAUCCUCGACAGACAUCAACGGGGAGACAAAACCUGACCCAGCAAAACUCUCACAACUCAUAAAACAGGAUGUCAUGCUAACAGGAGCAACGACAUGCACCCAGUCACCUGUAUCCAUCACAAUGCCUGGUUUAGCCACACCUACUUCUUCUAUUCCUCCAGUGACGAUCCCCAACAUGACGCUAGGCAACAGUGUCUUACAUGGGGGCGCAAUCACAGACCAUUUGUUUGCUCCAGGUCUAGUCCACAAUGAAACUUCACAUGUCAGCGAAGUUCUUAAAGAUCUGCCAGGGGCGCAUAACUUGACAUCGCAGCAAAUCUUUAGUCAGUCACCUGUAGCAACACCCCAGUUUGUCAUGGCAGGGGGCGCUGCACCAGGGACCCCAACAGCUAUACCAGUGCAACAAAUACUUAUACCCGUAUCAACAGGAAAUGGUACUCAACAGAUUCUCAGUAUUCCAGUUUCUAUGGCAGCAGGAAUAGGGGCCAAUGGACAGAUUCAACUUCUUACAACGUCAAAUGGUCAAAUUAUUGCCACCAACUUAGCCAACCUCGCCACUGGCCUAAUAUCUGGGAACACUCCACCACUGAAUGUUACACUGCCUACAGCCCAGACUCGGACUACUGUAACUGAGGACGCAAUCUCAGCAGCAUCUCAUGCCAUAACCACAACCCCCCAGCAGAUAGCAGCACCGCAGGCACAAGUAGCCACCCAACUGCCAUCUAUACCCCAGGUGAUCACCAAUGCACAGGGGCAAAUUCUGGGCUUCGCACCACAGAUGAUGGCAUCUUCACUGGGAGGAACAGCCACUUCAACCACCCCGUCAACGUUCCUUCAACCGACUACCACCACCCCCACCCUCAACUCCCUAGCAACCACAAUGGAAGCACCCCGUCAGUUGCUACAGACAGUUCAGCAAGCAGCCAGUUCCAGCGUCUGUGUAUCUCAACCCAGUCGUACCGUUCACCAUACGAGCAGUACAACACCACAACGACCAGAACCUAGCGGGGCCUACAAUCUCACAAUCCAGAAAGAGGCUCCAAGUGCCGUCAUCUCGUGGCCACAUCUUCCCACCUCGGCAGUGCAACUCAGUCAAGCCUCACAGUCACACACAGUCCCUUCAACGCAGACAGCCAGCAUGACACUAGCGCCACCUAACCAAACCAUUCAACAAUCAGCUGUCACCAUGGCAACAGUAAGCGUGUCAUCAACCAUCAACUCAAAUAGUCUCGUAAAUAGUCUCCCACCAAAUGUUAGUCAACUUUUGCCAAACUGCACUCAGACCAUUAGCACUCUCCAGGACUCCACAAUAGUCGAUGGGGUCAACUUAGAUGAAAUCAAAGAAUUUGCACGUCAGUUUAAAAUCCGAAGAAUCUCACUGGGCCUGACUCAGACGCAGCUAGGGCAAGCCCUCAGUGCCCAGGAGGGCCCCUCAUACAGCCAGAGUGCCAUCUGCAGGUUUGAAAAACUGGACAUUACACCUAAAAGUGCACAGAAAAUUAAACCCGUGCUGGAACGGUGGAUGAGAGAAGCAGAAGAGAGAUACAAAAAUGGAAUGCAUAAUCUCACAGAAUUUAUCGGCAGUGAGCCUUCUAAAAAGCGAAAAAGGAGGACGUCAUUUACGCCACAAGCUCUAGAGUUUCUCAAUGAGCAUUUUGAAAGAAAUACACAUCCAUCAGGUGCUGAGAUGACGGAACUCUCCGAGAGGCUAAAUUUCGAUCGUGAAGUGAUUAGGGUCUGGUUUUGCAACAAACGGCAGAUGUUAAAAAAUACCAUUAGACGAUUAAAACAAGCAGAAAUACCAACGUUAUGUGAAUAGCUGAUGAUGAAUUCAGUCUUGUAAAAUGAAUGAAGAUAUUCCAAUGGACAAGUAUUUAUAAAGCGGUAGUACAUACAACCAUGUUCUACUUAUAUGCUACUUUAUAUAUAUAUGCAGCUUAAUUGCCCAUAGGUGCUACAGUUCGCCGAUAUAUAACUGGAUUGAACAACUGAACACAGAAAAUAUGAAAUUACAAGUAACCGUAGUUUGGUUCCAUGGAAUAAUUAUAGGAUCAUGAACCUUGUGUAUGAUAACCUGUCACAACGGAGUUGAUUAAGACAGCAAGUUUUCCUAUAUACACUACCCAUCUAAGAACCUUAUCCGAUUGUUCCAUAAAACCAGAGAUAUAAUGUAACAUAUAGUUUUUGAUGGAAACAGGAUCUGAAUUUGAUAAUUUUGGUUAAAUCAACCCA